GAAUACUAAAUAAACACUUGUGCAAUGAAACGAAAGAAGAAUGUACGGUUCCGUGCCACCAUGACUGGCCAAGAUGAAGACUUGGCCAGAUUAGGCCAGUUGGCCACAAUGCCCAGUGAUGAGCUCAUGGAAACGGAGGUGGCCAUACUGUCCGGCGGUCAUGACCAAGAAGGCAGACCAAUUAUCACAUUCCCAGCCAAGAACCAUGAAGUACUUGAGCGCCGUGUCAAAGCAAGUGGACUGGACCACAUCUUGACAUAUUUCAUUAGCUUAGACAGCGCACAGUGUCAGAGAAAUGGAUUUGCUUUUGUGGUAGACAUGAGAAGAGGGACAUAUGAGUUGAUCUCCAUCAUGAAGAGUGCCCUCAAUAGUUUACAGGCUGAAUAUAAAGGGUCUGUGGGAAUGAUGUACGCCAUUCAACCUCAUGCAAAGCAACUGGCUAAAGAUCUACUGACAAUCCUAGCCUUGAGACACAGUAAGAAGAAGAAGAAUAAACACCUUGUUACUCCACUAUUCCAGAGCACCGUGGUUGAAGAUGACAUUGGGCUUCAUAACUACAUUGAUCGAAGUCAGUUGACAACAGAUCUUGGUGGAUAUCUGCAGUAUAGCCACAUAGCCUGGUUACGAUUCAGAAGUAUUAUUGAGCCAUUCUUUGAGAAGUAUCAAGCAUUGCAGCCAAGGCUUCCAAUUGGGUUUGAGCGGAUGGAGGAACUUAAGAAGUACAAUGUUGGCAACGAAAGUACCCAGCUACACCAGACUAGACAGGCUAUGCUACAGGAAUAUGAUGAUAUAAGAGAGGAUAUUGGAAUUGACCAUGUUUACAGUCAUUGUGAAGAUCUGAUGAAGAGGCUUAAGCAUUCUGAAGAUGACCGAUUGUUUGGUGUCAUGGCUCAGAAGCCCAUCUUCCUGCAGUCCAAGAGGACUCUAGAGAUGUGCUUCAGGAGCCUGAAGGAAGCUAUGCAACAUAUUGAAAGGCUUUGGAGGGAAGGGGAGAAGAGGAUUGUUGAUGCUGAGGAGUUAGCUCAAUUUCAGAAUGACGUUAAAGAGGUUUCUGAGUGGUUACAUGGGCCAGGCCUACAUGAACUGAAGAAACACACUGAAAUAGCUAGUGAUGCAGGCAGGGCUGAGCUACUGCGUAGUCACUUUGAUACAAGUUGUCUCUCUAUUUCCAAGAGCCAGUUGGCAAGAGUUGAUGCAUUGUUCCAACAGGCUGACGUAAUGCUCAUCAACAAUAAUGCCAACAUUGAAACUAUACAACAGACAGUAAAAGCACUGAAAAGGCAAACCGAUGAAUUCAGUGAGCUAUUAACAGAAAAGGAAAGCAUUCUAAAUAAAGUUCAUCGUUUCUUUGUCUUACACAAACAGGUUUCAAAAUGGUACUGGAAAACACUGCAGUUCUUACCCCCUGACCUUCCAGACGUCUUCAAUGAACUAAAAUCAAAGACGCAUAGAAAGAGUAGUGACCUUGCCAUCCAUGAAUGGCAGGAGGAUGUGAAGAGGUACUUGAAGAAGUAUCCACCACCAUCAGGGGAAAGUUUAAAGGAGCUUAAGUCAACAAGCGAUGUGAUUUUGCGGGGUAAACUAAGGAGACAGGCUAGGUUGCUAAGUCAUAGGUGUAGUACUUUGAAGAAAGUUCUCGACAUCAGGCAUGUUCCUUCCUCUAAAGACAUCCUUGAUGCAUUGCAGUGGCAAGAGUCUCACCAACAGAGAGAGGAAGCAAAAGAAUCCUCCGGCAAGAGUUCUAAUUUCACAUUACAUAACCUAAGCUGUAGUGAUACACCAGAUGGCAGAUUUAAGAAACAUAACCGUAAUAACAACAACAGUGUCCGUAGUGCUGGCCACAUAGACAGGUUGUCGUAUGGAAGUGUGGAUAGGCGUACAUCCAAGAAAAAGCCUACUUCAUUUACAAAUAUUGAUGCUCCUAAUGGUGAGGUCAGUAGAAUGUCACAAGGGCCAAGUGUCCGUCCUAAAGUCAAAACGAGAACAGCUCGCAAAGAUUCCGAUCAGCAACAAGAUAGAGUUGCCUAUCAUAAGCCCCCUGUGGGACAACGCCCAUAUCUCAGCAGUUCUACAGUAGAUAUUAGAGAUACAUCAAUGAACACAAGCCACGCUUCAUCCCAAGAUUCCCCAUUUCUGAGAGCUUUACGUCAGGCACCUCGGCCAACCAGUCUGUCUCUCCAGUACAUUAAUUCACCACAAAAAGUAAAGAUGAUAGAAACUCCAAAAUUCAAAGGUUCUUCAGAGCAAAAGAUAAUUGAUGAAACAUAUGGGAUUUAUGGAGAAUCAGAAGAUGAGAAUGAUAUGGCCAAUCUAGAGGAAGUCGUCCUGCCAUCACGCUUUCCACGCAAUGCAUAUGCUAAAUCUUGGGUUCACUCAAUUAACUCAGGGCAGUGGCCAACUGAACAUGAUGCAUUCCACCAUAGCAAUGGUCCACUGUUAAGCAAAUCAAAUGCACAAAGUAUGCCUUUGUUAAAUCACGUCGGGCUUUCUGUCCAACCGUCUCACAUUGGACCUGAUAUGUCUUAUGGGAAACCUGCUGGGAAUGGCAGGAGAAUUUUGGAUCCACAGAUUGACUAUCUAAGUGAUCGUCUAAUGAGUUCUAGAGAUGGGCCCUCCCAACAUUCUAUAUUCUACAGCCCAAAAGCCCAAGUGUUUCAUUCACCCCCCGAAUAUACAUCCAAUAACAACACCCUUUAUAGACAGUCAGGCCUGAAUUGUGAAUCAAUGACUGCUGCAGAAAUCAAACAGAUCACACCUCCUAAUCCUCCUAGUGCCUCGGACUCUGGUAUUGGUCGCUUCAACAGCGAUUCUAAUCUGACCUAUAGUGAUGUCUUGCACAACAUUUCUCUGCUGUCAGAAGUAAAUGCCUCUGGGGGGAAAACUGAGGAACUAAGUCCCAUUGAUCGCCUACGUAGCCAAUCUAGUCCAUCAGCACCCAACCAAGUGGAUGAUGUAACUGGUAGUGGAGAUAGCUCUCCAUUACGUGGCACACUUGGCCUCACAAUACCUAUGCUGCCAUUUUUAGCAGACACUGGUAGUAGUGAAUUUGAACCUGAACAACCAUUUCUGAAUGCAAGUCUUCCAAUCAGAGAUCGUGAAAGCCCAAAUAAAUUAACCCCAAAGGAGAACCUCACUCUGCGUCGUCAAAACAGUCUUCCAUCCUCUUUAAUGCAUGAAAAAACAGAACAUUUAUCAGACUUUGUUCCAAAAGAUGGAAGGACAUUAACUAGUUCUGAAUUGGCAGACUUUGAAGUGGAAAGAGAACGAUUAGCAAUGCAGGAAUUGAUACAACAAGACAAACUGACAGAAGAGCGAGAAUCGCAGAGAGCCUUAAUUGCCAGUCUUAUACAGACUUCUAAAGAAGAGAAUCGAGAGAAAAGAACGUUAGAGAGAAAACUACCAAAAGUGCCAACUGAAGAGCCAGUAGAUGUGAAAAUCUCGGCAGAUGUUUUGUUCCAAAUUAAUGAAGGAUUGCUAAAUCAUCAAAAUGGAAUGGUGCCUAGGAAACAAAGAGCAAUACCAAGACAUGAAUCACCAGUUGUACAGCACAACUACAAAGCAAAACAUGAUAGCAACAGUUACAGUGAUGACGAUGAUGAGGAUACUGCCAGCUUCCUUGCUUUACUCCAGCAAGCAAAACAACAAAGCAUGGCGACUGAAGACUUGCUGUUACAGGAACGACUGCGCUAUGAAGCAGUACAGAUGGAACAUGAAGAAAUAAUCCAAAAGGAUCUUGAGAACAGACUCAGUAAUGUUGAGUUGACAUUAGAGGAGGAAGAAACAAUCUUACAGCAGGAGGCACUGCUUGAUCAGCUGCUGAAGGAUGAUGAGCUUGCAAGUCCCCAGUACAAGUCACCAGGAGCUGCCCUGGAUCAGGAACUCAGUGCCCUGGAGGACAAAGAACGACUGCUGCAGCACCAGAUAUUGCGAAGGAACCGGAGCAUACCACUCUCGGACGAAGGCGUCAUGCUGGAUCAGGUCUCGCUUGACAGUAUGGAACAGGGAAGCAUAGCAACAACAGAAAAGAGCAGUGUAGAGAGUGGACUUGGCAUGCGUUACAACCGUCAUUAUAACUAUGGACAGCGGCCUAGGAAGAGUAGUUUGCAAGCCCACCGUAGGGCAUAUACUCUACCUAAUGGACAUUUAUAGCACUGACCACAAUAAAUUUUGUCAGUAUACAGAAAGUUUUCUCCCAGACUGGAGAAAUUCAAAAUAUUUUAUAAGUUGGUACUUAAGUUGAGAGUGGUCUAUUCCAUGAAUACUUAUAUGGAUGAACACCCACUUGCCUCAUCCUUACCAAAGAUUGAUAGCAAUCUCAACGCAAAUUUAUGCCUGUUACAUAACAUUGCUGUGUUAUAUCAUGGAGGAAAAAAGCAGUAUUUGCCUUGGUUGGACAAUUUCAUUAUUUUUUAGGUAAAUUCCUAAAAAGAAAACUUGCGUUAUCAGUUCAUCCAGGUAAGUAUCAUAGACUGCCAACAUCACUUUUGAUUUGUGUAAUUUUGUAUGUUCUUUUUGACUUUGACAUGCAUUCCUGAAUUGAAUGGAAGUAGUACACAAAGUGUGAUGACAUUGAUAUGAUAUUUAAAUAGCAAUAUCACUAAAUUUAAUUUUUUGUGCUUUUUUUAUUCACAACCUCUGGUGCUUACGUCUAUCACUAAGUUAUAUAUAGAGAAAUAAUGCAUCCAUUUUCUUACAAAUAUAAAUAUUCUGUGUUUUUUUUUUGUAUUUCUACUAGGAGGUCAUCCAUAUUUGUCAUCAGUAACAGGAGAGUAAAAACAUACUCUUUUUUCUUUGAUGCCCUCCACAUUCCCUGAAAGCCAACAACAUAAUCAAAUGAUUGCUUUUAAAAAGUGGAUGACCCUUAGAGAGUCAAAUCAUCCCAAAUUUAUUAUUUAUGUUAGAUUCUAAGAGGCUGGUGCCAUGAUAUAUAUAUAUAUUAAGGUUAUUCAAAUUUAUAAGAGUAUUUCAUUUCAGGAAUGCAGUAUUCCAUACAAUGAUUAUUUUACAUAGAUUGUGUUGUACCAACAAAUCAUGUACAGUAUUUAAACAUAAAUUUAUUCAGUAAUAGGCCAUAAUUUCCUAGCCAAAUAUCAUUUGAUUGGAUCCGUCCAGAACUGCUAAGAGGCAGAAGCUAUGGGGACAUAUCCGUCUGAGUUACCCCUCUCUUUUGCGUUACCCACAUGAUUCCCUCUAUGAGUACCAAUCUGUGGCUAUACCAAUAAGUGUUCACUUGUUCCAUAAUAUUACAAAUGUAUUAUACAGUAUUAUGUUGUAGUGAAUCAAUUAGUUGGAUUUCUUUCUGUUUCCUAGAAAGAAAUUAGAGGUCGUAAUUUAUCCCAUGGAAAAUGCUGUGGUCUCUGUGCACUUGAAACAAGUGAACAGAUGUACAGUAAUUGCCGCAGUAUGAGGAUACAUAGUAUAAACUUGAAUAAGUAAUAAUAAUAUGGAGAAUAAUAGUGAAGAGUACAAAGUAGACAUAAAAAUCAUGGUAGGAAGAGUUUUCAUACCAAAUUUUGCUAAUUUUUAAAGACAUAAAAUAUAUCUUUAUUUAUAUUAUUUUAAAAACCCUUGAAGACUGAAAACCUUGAAAUAUAGUGUUUAAUAAAAAAUAUUUCAUGAGGUUUAUAAGCAAUACUCUUAGGAAUAGAAUGAUACUUGGUCAUGGGAUCAUUUUAUUAGUAGUAUUAAUAUAAUUUGUUUGACAUUUGUCAAAUGAUGUGCUUGGGAGGUUAAGGUGUGAUAAUCUUAGCAGUUCCAUUUAACUCCUAAAAUGUAUAUUAAUGAUAAUAAAUAUUGUUUUGUGCAAAGUUAUCAUAAAUCUUUAUGAAGUACAGUAUUUAAAAAGUACCAUGAUUCCAACUUCUUAAUUCCAACAUUCCUUUUGUUUAUGGUGCCAAGUAUCCAAUUAUACUUUCAUUUUUAAUCAAGCAAACGUUAAACAUCUACUGUAUGUAGACAAGUGUUUUAUAUUUGUAUUGUUGGUAUAAACCAAGGAGGCAUAAACCACUUCAAUCCCAGGGAGGGGCAAGUCUAAUAAUUUACAGAAUUAAUCUGAACUGAUUAUUUUAUUUGUCAAAUCAUGUGAGAAAUGUUCUUAAUGCAUUGUAGCUUAUCUUUUUUUUUAUGCAGUCAUUUGCCCCUGUGCAUAUCCCUAGCAUGCAUGCAUUAAAACAAGAUCAACAUAUCAAUUUGUACUGAUAACGCUGUAUUGUUUGAUCAAUUUCUCAAUUCAAAUAUUUGUCUUUUUGAGGUAUAAAUCGUUAAAACCUGGACUGUUCCAUUCAACUUGGUUCUGCUUUGUUGAAUGGAACAGUCCAACUUUUAAAUUAUGAAAAUAUUCUUUGUAUUGCACUCAUACAUUUGUUACAGCUGGCACUGUGCUAGCUGGCACUGUGCUAGCUGGCCCUAACACUAGCAGCUUCUGUAGCUGUAGCUGAUCUAAAAUAGAUGAACUAUAGCUUGUGGGUAUAUAAAAUGCUGUGAUACCACUGGGGUAAGAGGGCAAUGUAAAUGAUAUUAUAACUCUGUAGAUACUGCUGUGGGUGCUUCAUUCCCCACUCCCCACAGUGCAUGACUGCACACUGGCAAAUUUUGUAUUUGCUUUUGGACAUGAUAACAAAUAAAUAAAUAAUAAAUAAAUGUGUAUUCUAUGAACAUAAUCUUGAGACUAGAAAAUCACCAUAAGGCAUAUAUAAUAAAUAAUGUCUUAAUCUUUUAUAAUCAUUUUUAUUAAUAUUAUUACUAUUUAUUUAUAUUGUUAUUUAUACUUGCAUUGCAGUAUUACCGUACAAUAAUACUAUUUUAAUAUAUGACUGAGGCUUACUCAAAUCUUUAAAUCCAAAAUGUUUUUAAUGUUCAACUCACAUACAGUAGAAUGUAUAAACUAUACAGGGUAGAUUUUGCUGCAAUUUCUAUAAUUAAUAUUUCAUUAGUUAUAAAUAAGUGUUACUAAUAUGUAUAAGAAUGUUUUGUAGCAUGCAAUAAGAAUGUUUUAGUAGCGUGCAAAUAAUUAUGCUAUAGAAGUUAUGUAAUAGGUAUAUUUUAGAAUCAUUUUGGCUGAAGCAGCACAAGGCCGACUGAAACUCAUCCUGCCCUAGGAAUAUGCCUAGUCAUGCUGCUAUACACACAACCAACAUUCAGUGCCACAAAAUCUACCAGGUA